CACCCAAUUCAAAUAAAGUAAAAUCGAGAUAUGAUGAAACAGCCAAAUCAAAGCAACACGAUGAAAAUGAAUCUGAUGCGUUUAGCAAAUUUGUUGGUGUCUAAUUGAGGAAUGAGUAUUAUCUAGGGUUUUCGAUAAACCUUUUUGUUGCGAAGAAGAUGAAAUUAGACGUGGUUCCUUCAUUUGGGGAUGAUGAUCAAAACAAUCUGAAUAUACUGCUUGAAGCUUUCGGUUCCGCUGUUUCCUUCGAAGACAUAGCUUCUUCCUACUGCGAAACCGGCCGGAAUUUGAAUUCCACCUCGGAAAUGCUCUGCAACAUUCAGUCCGAGAACGGAGGGAGCUCCUCCUCUACCGAUAAAGGCCGCAUUGUUAAAUUGAAUUCGGAUAAGUGUUCGGCGUCGAUCGGAACUGUUUCUGGUGUGAUCGGAAAGGACUACGUCAACCCUUGGCGACGUCGUUCCGAUGGACCGAAGGAGAGGUUCAAACCUAUGAAAAUUAAUUCAAUUGAUUUUCCGGUCGCCGAGAUCUGGGGUGAGGAAAAGGAGCCACGAGUUGCUACUCAGCCCAUGGACAAUGUUCUUGGAGAAUUUCUUUAUAGAAUGCUUGGAACUGGGUUUCAGCUUGACAUGGGUGUAAUCCAACAAGUUAUUGGACAAUGUGGGUACAAUAUGCCAAUGUGCAUUGACAAACUCUUUGAUAUAUCAGCUGCUACCCUAGAGAAGAGUGAUGAUGUUAUUGGCAUAUCAACUACAACUCAGGAGAUGAUGAGCAAAAUCCAUAAUGCGGGGUCCACGUCUUGUCCAAAGCAAUCACAACUUCUUUCAGGAAGUGAUGCUAGUGGUGGAGACCUAUCAGUAUUACCUCAGACAGAUAUAGGGAAGAAAGACGUGCAAAGAGAAAUUUUAGAAGCACUAUUUGGUGCACCUAACAGAUUUGAAGAUCAUCAUCAAUCCAACCGUCCGGUUAGAACACACAAGCAGUCGUCCUAUGGUCGGAUUGUGGCCAAACCAAUGGAAGAAAAAAUCGUCGACGAUUUUACUUUUAUUACCAGGCAAACUAUUAACUGUAGAAAUUCUGAAGCAAAUGAUGAGAGUUAUGAUGAACUACGAAAAGCUGUUGCAGAGAAUUGGGUUACAAUGAAAUUUUACUACAAAGCUUCUAUGGAUGCAUUCAUGAAAAAGGAAUUUGAAUCUGCUCAAAACCUUCUAGAACAGGGUAACUUCUAUAAAACGAAGGCCCGAGAAGCAGAUGAAAAAUCUGCCCAAAAACUAAUUGAGAACAGUAACAAAGAAGAAGAAUAUUGCAUCAAUGUGCAUUAUCUUGAACCAAAAGAUGCCUUGUACCACAUGAAACUUCAUCUUAGCUCUCUUUGUGGUUUGUCAUCUAUUCAGUUCAUGAAGGUUGUAGUUGGGACUGGCGGAGACAAGAAAGACAAGCGAAGGAAGCUUCUGAUAACCAAUCUUUUGGAAGAGGAGGGUAUUACGUGGACUGAAGAAGGAAAUGGAUGGACAAUAUCCAUCCGAGUUGACCAGAUUGAUCAUAAUAAAUUGAGUUUUAUAAACAAAUAAGGCAGCCACUUGUUUUGAUUUGUCCAUCUCAACAUUAUUUUGUGGUGCCUUUGAUGAAGCUUUAUUCAAAUAUUGCAAUUAUUAUUAUUGGAAGGAAAACCAUUUAAAUUAGGUGUUA